ACCACACUUUUUGCUUGUGUGUGCUGUAUUUUGUUUAUGGUGGUAAAAAUUGAUUUGAAAACCAAUUAAGUUAAGAUGAAUCAGGCCGAAGUCUCAAAACUUGUAUCUCAGUUGAGAAUCAAAGCCCCGACUAGACUUAGGAAAUUCAGAAAUCCCAAAGGACCCGAGGAAAGACUGAACAAAAUGAGAAAAACCGUCACCGCUUUGGUAAAACACGAAAGAAUCGAACUGAAUUUUCCUAGAGCUCACGAGGCAAGGAUGUAUGCUGAAAGAUUAAUUUCUGAUGCCAUUCGAUAUGGAGAUUGCCAUAAAUCUACAAUGGAAAUGGCUGAUUAUUGGCUAGUUGAAAAACAACUUGUUCACAAACUAUUCAAAGUCCUUGCCCCCAGAUAUGAACACUACAAUAUUGCUUGUACAAGACUUUUAACAGCACCAAGACCUUAUCCAGGCCCAGAAGAUAAAAAAGCCAUCCUAGAACUCAGAGGCAACCCAUAUCCAUCACUACUACCGGACACAACUUCCAAUAAAAAUUUAAUACACAAUAUUUUAUUGGAUGAAGCAAAAAAGGCCUACAGGACUAGGAAGUAUGCGGAGAUUGCUGCAAAAAUUGUAGCUGCAGAACCAAAUCUCGAGAAACCUGUAGUUGCGGCAAACAGUGAUCAGAAGGCAGGAGAAUAAAUAGGGGCAGUUUUCUUGUAAUGAUAAUAAAUUGUA